AGAAAGGAAAAAAAAAAGAAUGGGCAUUGCUGGUUGUAACAUAUUUGCCUUCGUGUUGUACGUGCCCAGGAGCCAUCCAUAACGUUCAUUCUUUUCUCUUUUUUUUAUUUGUCUGUGUUUCUUCUCUUUCACCUUGUGCUGCAAGAACAGCAGCUAGGACAUACGUACAACAAGAGUAAUUAAAAAAACAGUGCCCCAUACAUCAUUGCAGUCAGCGUUCUAAAGAGAGACAUGUGGAACGCGUCGUUUUCUAGCAACUCUGCGGUGAGUGCACCGCACUUCCACGAGGAGUCGGCGCUUAGCACGCCUGAUUCGGAUGUGCCGUCACUCACGCACUCGCGGGCGCCAGUGGGGCCAGCGCCCCCUGCUGCCCCGCCAGUUUCCCCCUCUCCACGACGAGGCCCGCCCGGUGGGAGCCUUAGCCACGCCCUGGACCACCCCGGCGUUGCAGCGGCGUCGGCAAAUGCACCGGCGGUGUGCCGCCGCUUAUCGGACCGCGGCACAGAAAGAGUGGAGAACAGAACGAGCAGCGACCCACAGAGCAAACCCGCGAGCGGGAAACGCGUGAUGGCGAACGGCCCGCACGCGCGUGCGCACCACCAAGAUGUGCAUGCCGUUCUAGCACCCGAGCCGUCAUGGCAGCCCAUGCCGCGCGUCACACCAGUGGCAGCAGCCAGUGACACGAAUCACGAGAGCGAUGCCUCUGCAGAAGGACCGUCAGCAGGGGUUGCGCUCAACCCUCUCCGCCGUGAAUGCACGAGCGACGACGUCACGAGCCCAAGCGGGUCCAAGAGCAGCGGAGACGGCAGCAGCAACAGCGAGAGCGGCACGCGAAUGACGAAAGAAUCCGUCGUCGACGACGCCGUGUUGGACAGUAGCGGUGCCGGCGGCGCCUUCUCCCUCACGAGCAUUGUUGCGCCGCGGACUGCGGAGGAGUACUACGAGCAAGUGGCCAAGAUCGAUCAUGUGCGCUGCGGAUUAGGCCAAGAGCUCGAAGGAGACGCGAAGGAUGUCUACGGACCCACCUGGCCCUUUUCAAAGCGUAUGCUCGCCACAAUGGUGGUCGGCCACAGAGAGUGUCUGGCACCGAACUGCGACCACAAGGCACCGCUUCAAGCCGUGACGGGGCCGCAAAUCUGGUCUCUCCUGUUUAUCUACGGCGUGCUCUUCCUGUACCCCGUCUUCACCACCGUCGCCUACGCGGGAAAGAAAGGCUGGGGCGGCAUCAUCCCGCUGUGGGUGCUCUCGUGUGUCACGGCCUUCUUCGUGACGCUGUGCUCCUUCACCAACCCCGGUAUUGUCCCACGGCGUCGCCUGAAGAACGUGACGGACCGCGGCGAUAUCCUCAUUGUGCGUGUGCCCGCACCGAACGCGCAGGCCGUGCUCAACAAACUGCAGGAGCUGCCCGAACUCGCGUCCUCAAGCAAGAGCAAAGACAAGUACAAAGCCGCCGCGACGAGGUUCACGACGGAGGCGAUUCAUCAGGCGUUGGUCGACGGCGACAUCCCGCCCAGCGUCUUCAACCACAAGCGCACCGCCGUCUACUCGAUGGAGCGCUACUUCGAGACGGACACGGGCCACAUUGUGCCCUACAACCCCGUGCUGAGCGAGUCGGACCUGGCGGUGCCGACGCUGGAGUUUCCCAUUCUCUUCUGCCGCACCUGCCGCAUCGCCCGCGGUCCCCGCACGCACCACUGCCGGGUGUGCAACAACUGUGUGGAUGGCAUGGACCACCACUGCCGAUGGACGAACUGCUGUAUCGGCCGCAACAACUACCCCUACUUCUUCAUGACCCUGCUGUCCCUGCACGUCAUGGGUGGCUACAGCGUCUUGUACAAUUUAAUUCAAGCGAUGGAGCUGAUCAACCAUCACAAGUCAUGGACGCUGUGGCAGGUUCUUCGGCACGUGUACGGCAUGCCCAUCAUCGUCUACGCCUGCUUCUUCUUCAUCGGCCUCUUCUUCUUCCCUCUCUUUCUCGGGCACAUCUACAUGACCAUGAUGGGGCUAACAACGAAUGAGCUGCUCAAGAAGAAGUGGACGGAGUCAACGUACUUUUGUGGGGUGAAUCCGUGGUCGCACAAGCAUUGGUGGCUGAACGUUUAUUCGAGGCUACUGAAAAAGUGGCCGGCGACUCCGGACGACCCGUUAAAGUGGAUGGACUCGCGGUACUACUACGGCGUUGCUGUGGCGGCUGCCGUGGAGGAUCAGAAGGUAGACUGGCUUAUCGCCCUCCCUCCGGAGGAGCGAACGAAGGUGGAGGAGCGGGCGGCGGCCCAGCGCGACGACGACGCAAAGGCACGUCCUGCGCAGGAAAGGGCGAUUAUUGAGGAGGCGAUGCGGAGGCGUGAACUUCACGUCGCAGGUGAGUGA